AUGUCUGGCUUCACGAUCCCUGGCUUGGGGUUCGCGAAACCCAAUGAGACGCUCCCCCCCCUCUCUCCAGAGACUUCCGGCACGGCCACGAAUACCCAAGACACAGCCUCGCCUUCCACAACAGCGAGCGCCUCAGAAGCAUCAAAGGCUCCUGUAUCCGAUCAUGCAUCUGCGGCCGCCUCCACUUCUGGCCCCGGCGCCAGUGCCGACGCCAUGAACAUCGACAACCCCGCCUCACCUCCCUCCCUUACGAGCGCCCUCGAAGCCGCCCUCGGCACCGCUGAGCCCAUAACCACCGACCAAGACGACACAGCCGCUGCUGCCGCCGCAGCCGCCGCCGCAGCCGACGGCGCUCUCCUCGAAGCGACGCUGCAGCGCCCCCAACAACCGGGCGAGUCGGCCCACCCCGAGUGGGAAGAAGACUCGUCCCCCUAUGAAUCCUCCUCCGACUCGAGCUCCUCCGACUCCUCUUCCGACGACGACGACGACGACAAGGAACCGUACGAGCUCCUCGGCGUCGAGGAGACGGCGCGCAUGCUCAUGGAAGCCGGGUCGGACGACGAAGGCGACGGCUCCAAACCGGGCGCCUCAGCCGGGAUCCGCUCCAAGAACGAGGUGGCCGUGGAGCCGGUGCCCAAGCCCGACGUGACCAUCACGCCCGACAUGAAGGUCGAGGACCUCGGCGUCGUCGAGCAAGUCGUCGAGACCAUUGUCGUCAUCCGCGGCUUCACGCCGGGCGAGUACCAGGUCCUCGACACGGGCUCCGUCCUCUGCACCGAGGACCGCGCCGUGUUUGGCGCCGUCGCCGAGACGAUCGGCAAGGUCCUGCAGCCCAUGUACACGGUCAUGUUCUCGUCGGCCGAGGACAUUGCGGCCGCGGGGCUGACGGCCGGCACAAAGGUGUGCUACCCCGUCGCGCACGCCAAGUACGUCUUUACGCAGCCGCUGCGCAACGUCAAGGGGUCCGACGCCUCCAACAUACACGACGAGGAGGUGGCCGAGGACGAGAUGGAGUUCUCCGACGACGAGAAGGAGGCCGAGCACAAGAAGCAGAAGAAGAUGGCCAAGCGCGAGGCGCGCGGCGGGCGUGGCGGCGGCGGCGGCGGCGGUCGCGGCGGUGCCGGGUCCAGCAGGGACCCGCACCCGCUCCGCAACGAGGUCAAGGCGGACACGACGAUGGGCGGGCUGAACUACGACGACGAGGAUGACGGUCCGUACAAGCCGCUGGCGCGGCCGGCGAGCUUUGGUCAGGGUCCCCCGAUACAGCAAGGGUUCACGCAGGAGCCCGAGCCCGGAUCGCGCCAGGCCAAACACGGUGGCCGUGGCGACUUCCGAGGACGUGGGCGGGGUCGCGGCGACAGGGGACGGGGCGAUCGCGGCCGGGGAAGGGGACGCGGCGGAGGUCAGCACCGUGGAGACGGGUACUCGCAGGGACCUUCGGGUCAGAGGACACAGCAUCAGCAGCAGCAGCACCACCAACAGCAGCAGCAGCAGCAGCAGCAGCAGCCACAGCAGUCCCACCCACGCGGGCAGUGGAAUGCUGGCGCCUUCCAAGCGCCAGCCCAGCCGCAAGCCUACGCACCGCCGCCGGCCGCGGCAGCGCAUCCUUUCAGCUUCGCAGGCAUGCCGACACCGCCACCUGCGCAAGGUGGCGGGUUCCCGGCCGCGCCGCCGCCGCCACCACCUGGCUGGCCGGGCGCGCAGCAGAAUGCGCAGGGCGCGCAAGCGGCGCAGUUCAGUCCCGCCUUCUUCGCGGCGAUGCUCGCGCAGAUGCAGCGGAGCCAAGGCCAGAAUGGACAGCCGCCGCCGCCGCCGCAGUAG